AUGCCGCUGUACAAGCAGGUGCUGCUGACCAACCUCAAGUCUCCGCCCAAGGACGUGGCGCGCGUGUUCCAGGACUGCGCGGCGCUCAUCACGUCCCAGGGCGGCGUGAUCCGCGGCACGGAGAACCGCGGCGAGAAGCGUCUGGGCUACGGCAUCGAGGACCGCCGGUGGGGCGCGCUGCAGCGCCACUACGAGGGCAAGCUCAUCGUGCAGCAGUUCAACACGUCGCCCGCCGUGCUGGAGGAGGUGGAGGCCAAGCUCAAGAACAGCUUCCCCAUCAUCCGCUUCCAGACCUUCAAGAUCCGCGACCCCGUGGACAAGCUCAUGAACACGCGCGUCACGCUCGAGCAGGCGCAGCUGCUGCUCAACCCCGCGGCCAAGGCCAAGGCCGACAAGGCCGCGCGCGAGGCCAAGGAGGCGCGCCGCCCGCGCAACCGCGACCUGGCGGACGUCAAGCCCGAGGACUUCUUCGACAUGGACGACGAGAAGGAGGCCGCGCAGUUCAAGCAGUACGUGCCCGAGUGGAAGCGCGACGCGCUCUUCGAGCCCGAAGUGCCCGCGCACCUCAAGGAGAAGCAGCACUGA